ACUUCCCAUAUAUAAAUCCCACUAAAAAAAAUAAAAAAUUAUAUAUAUUUUUUUCUAGAUAGAGCAUAUAGAUACAACUUGGGUUCUUGUAUCUAUAAAAAUUCUUGCUUCUAAGAAACUCAACAGCCAUUAUUAAAGAAUACUAACAAAGAUUCAUUUUUUUUUUUUGGCUAUCAUCACUUCUUUCUUGUUCCAAUCCAUUCAAGAAGAAGGUUAAGCCAUCCUUUUCACUUAUUUUUUUUUUCAAAAAAAAAAAAAAACCCUUAUGGCUUCUAUAACACCAUUAUCUCAAUCUCAUUUUACUGAAAAUCAGUUUUUUUCAGCACCUUUUUCAAGACUCACUCAAAGUUCAAGUCUUUCACUGAGAAAAUCAGCUCAAAAUCAGUUUUUUUCUCAAAGUUCAAAUUUUUUGUUGAAAAAAUCAUCAAGAAUGGUGUUGGUGUCAGCAACAACAGCUGCACAUGAGAAAUCAAAGAAAAAGUAUCCUGGUGAAGCUAAAGGAUUUGUUGAGGAAAUGAGAUUUGUAGCUAUGAAGUUGCAUACUAAAGAUCAAUCUAAGGAAGGGGAAAAAGAACCUGAAGGUCAACCUAUGGCUAAAUGGGAACCUAGUGUUGAAGGGUACUUGAAGUUCUUGGUUGAUAGUAAAUUGGUUUAUGAUACUUUGGAGAAGAUUAUGGAAAAGGCUUCUUUUCCUGAGUAUGCUGAGUUCAGGAACACAGGAUUAGAAAGGUCUGAGGGCUUAGCAAAGGAUUUGGAGUGGUUUAAGGAGCAAGGUUAUGCCAUCCCGGAGCCGUCAACUCCUGGUCUUAGCUAUGCUCGUUACUUAGAGGAGCUAUCAGAAAAGGAUCCUCAAGCAUUCAUUUGCCAUUUUUACAACACGUACUUUGCACACUCAGCUGGAGGUCGCAUGAUAGGGAGAAAGGUAGCAGAAAAGAUACUCGACAAGAAAGAACUGGAAUUCUACAAAUGGCACGGUGACCUUUCUCAGCUGCUGCAGAAUGUUAGGGAGAAGCUGAAUAAAGUUGCAGAAGUAAAAUCCUUAAAUUGGACUAGAGAGGAGAAGAAUCAUUGUUUGGAAGAGACCGAGAAGUCAUUCAAGUUCUCUGGGGAAAUCCUCCGAUUGAUAUUAUCUUGAUGCACGACUUUGCGCUUUGUUUCCUUGUUAAACUUGUACAUUGGAUGGUCAAAAAGCUUAAAAUGCUGUGAAUACUCGUGUUCGUUUUUGCUUUGGAAUUUCAAAUUCUGUCUGUUGUGUAUAAUAACUUGAUUCUAAUUCAAGUAUUAUAUUGUCUUUCAA